ACGCGGAAGGUGUGAACGUGCAGCCUCCUCUACAAGGGGGAAACAAUCUCGUCUCAGGCUCGUGUCUCUCGCACAGACUGCAAAUAAAACACGUCAUCAACACGUGACUGAGUUCAAAGUUGAAAGUCAAACAGCACUGCAGCUCGCUAGUAUGGCGGUCCUGGUGGGACGCAGACCCCUGUUGCAAGCCCUCCGCGCGCAGGCAGCAGAUCGGGACGGCGCGUGCAGACUGGCAGCGGCCUUUUCCUGCACGAGACAGUAUGUGUUCCCCGGAAAAGUCUUCUCUUCUCGUCUCAUCGGUCAGGGAGCAGCGGCGCGACACUACAGCUCCGACUCGAAGGACGACCUGCGCGUCCGGUACCUGGACGGAGAAGACGACGGUAUUGUUGUCGUGGGCAUAAAUCGACCAAAGGCCAAAAAUGCCAUAAGCAAAAAUCUGGUCAAAAUGAUGUUUGAGGCUGUGGAGGACAUCAAGAAGAAUAACAAAGUGCGCAGUGUCAUUUUGUGUAGUUUGGUUCCUGGGAUCUUCUGUGCAGGUGCAGACCUGAAGGAGAGGGCCAAGAUGCACCCCAGUGAAGUGGGACCAUUUGUGUCCAAAGCAAGAGCACUGAUUACAGAGCUGGGUAAUUUACCAGUACCAACAAUAGCUGCAAUAGAUGGAGCUGCCUUAGGAGGAGGCUUGGAAAUGGCCCUUGCUUGUGACAUCAGAAUUGCCUCCGACACCGCAAAAAUGGGACUAGUGGAAACGAAACUUGCGAUUAUUCCUGGAGCAGGUGGUACACAGCGUCUCCCCAGAGUGAUUGGCAUCUCUCUUGCUAAGGAGCUCAUCUUUGCCGCCCGGGUGGUGGAUGGAACGGAGGCGUGUCGCCUGGGUCUCGUCAAUCAUUCGGUGGAGCAGAAUAAGAGCGGAGACGCUGCCUACCUGCAGGCUCUGGAGCUCGCCCGCGAAAUCAACCCUCAGGGCCCUAUUGCAAUAAGGAUGGCAAAACUUGCGAUCAACCAGGGGAUAGAGGUGGAUCUGUCUACAGGGCUAGCUAUUGAAGAGGCAUGUUAUGCCCAGGUGAUACCGACUAAAGAUCGACUGGAGGGUUUGGCUGCGUUCAAGGAGAAGAGGCGUCCUCACUACAAGGGCGAGUGAGGCAGUGCGUACGAAUCAGAAACAAUAGCACUCUUCAUAACACUGACUAACAUCCCAGCAUUGAACACACUGCUGCACAGGGUGGAACUCGGGAUCCGACACUUCCUGUCAAAUGUGUUGGACUUUAGGAUUUCGGACUUUGGCACCACCCUGUGGUAGUAACACACACAAAAAAAAAAACACUGACCCGCAAUGAAUUGGCUGAAAAAUGCAUUUAGAUUAAAUCAAGUAUUUGCAGAAAACUCAUGCCAUUAGCAGAAGAAUGUUCCACACCAUACUGUCUUUAAGGACCACUAAGCACCACUUUUUUUUUCAUAGACAUCAGGGCCAUAUAUUGUUCAAUAUAUUUGCUUAGUGGUCCUUUAACACCAGAAAAAAAAAUGUAAACAUAUCUUAACAUCUACUUGUACCUUAUGCCUUGUUGUAUGGAAAAAAAAUUGUGUGUGUUUUGUGAGCCUUUGUGCAUCUGGUCAUAUUUCAGUUGUUCUGAAAUGAAGCCAGCCUGGAGUGGUCUCUGCUGUUAUCCACACAGAUGGAAAAGCCUCUUAGGCUCAUGAAGCACUUCAAGCUCAUUUCCUCUCAGCUGCCUUUUUUUUUUUCUUCUCGGCCAUACGUGUUUUCGUCUUCACUGAUUUAGCCUCAAACUGCUUUUUCUAACACUAGUGAUGAAUGAAUCAGCUUCAGUACUGAUGGUAUAUUAGAUUCAGG